AUGAAAAAAUUCAGUACAAUAGAGGAGGCUAAGAAGCAUUCUUACUAGAAAUAAAUAUUAUCAAUUUUCAUAGGGUUGCAGAGAACUAUUUUAACUUACUUCUCAACUAUAUUCUUUGUGACGGGAAUUCAAAUUUUAUUCAAUGAACAAAGUACCUAAGAUUGGACUGAAUAUGCCAUGAUUAUCUUGACUUUCAUGAACUUUGUUAUUAGUGGCUUUCUCUAUUUCUUAAGUUUUUAUGCUAUUUAAAUGCCAAUUAAAACAAGCGUUUUCCUAUACAAUAGCAUAAAUGCCAGAAAUCUUAUUCUUAAGGAAGCAAUUAAAGUACUGAUAGCUCUACAAGCAAUAUUUGUUUAGGAACUCAAGAAAUAGACAAUUCUUAUCGUCCUAUAUUACAUUUUCUUGUUUACUGCUAUUGGAUUUCUUAAUAUCAAAAGACCUCAUUACUAUGAUCCAAAAGUUGAUACCAUCAAUAGACUAUGUUUAAGAGUAAUUCUAGCAGUUAAUCUACUCUGCUGCAUGCGACUUAUCUUUGAAUUUAGUUUUCUUGAAAUAUGCUUACAGAUGCCCCUAAUCGGAUACCCAUUUAUUAAACUCAUAGAUUUCUAUGAAGAAAAAGUCUAUAAUAAUCUAAAGGAAAAUCUUUAAUAUUCAGACAAGUUAAGCACAUCACAGAUAAAAUACUUGAUAUGCUUGCUAAAUCAAAUGCUAGAAAGAUAAAAUUGUAAAGACUUAAAGCAGAUGAAUGAGAUUCUAUACUAACACAGAGUUAAUUGCUUCGUUGAUUCCUGCAUUUGCAGCUAAUAUGAGUUACAUGUAGUGUAAGGUUUUAAAGAACUAAGAGAGGAAUCUGUAAACUAACUGGAGAAAAGUAUUGUAGAUAAUGAAUUUAAUACAGUAAGCGCAUCGAGAGAUUACUCAGGAUUGAUGCAUUCACUAAGAAACUCAUCCAGUUCAGAUAUCAAGAUUGAAUAUGAGAAUCCAGAUCUUAAAGCCCUUAUAAAUGCAGAUUUGGUAUUUGAACUAGCCACAUUUUCAAAACCAAGAAACGAAUUAAAUGAUGAUUUAAUGGAAAUACCUUAAGGAUAAGAAUCAGCAUAAUCUAGAGUGGAAAAAGUUUAAAAUGAUGAACAUAGCAGUUAUUAAUAAAAAUAAAACUAGUUAGUAAAUUUCCUGGGUAAAAAAGCAUAGUAAGUAGAAGAAGUUAAUUAAAAGAAAGAAAACUUUGAAAAAAUGUUUGAUCAAAACUAACUAAUGACAGGUGUUAUUAUUGAUGAUUUUUUCAAAGAAUUAACAGACUUAGAAAGAUUGAAUAACAGAAUAUUUGGGUUUAAUGCUGGGUCGGCUAAUGAUCCAAGUUUGAAUGAAGCAAAUUCAGAUUUAACAACAAAGUUUGACAGUCAAUUAGCAGCCAGGAAACACAUCUUUUAACAUCUAAUGUAUAUCAGUUUCAUCAACUAAGAUCUCAACAAGCAUUUCUAAGCUAUAUACUAAUUGUUAAAGAUCAAUGAGCAUAAAACUGAAAUGAAAUUCUUUGAUAAGUUAAAUUUCAAAGUAAUAGAAAGAUUAAUUUUGACUGAAGCAAUGACAAGUUUCAAAAAGAAACAGCAUAGCGAGCUUGAUCUGUCAGUAUUUAUAGAUGGAAAUUAGUAAACUCUAGAAUUAGACAUGCUACACGAAGAUGCAACACUAGAUAUCAUAGAUUUUUGGAAUAAGUUUAAAUCUUAGAAUAAUGAUCCUACGACAGUUUAAUCAAUAUUUGACCUAGGAACAAAUAUCACAAAAACUAUUAAAAAAAUUAGAAUUAUUACCAAAUACAAUAUGGCUAUUUACCUUAAAAAUUCUCUAGUUUAUAAGAGUAGAAAAAUACAAGGCAUUAAUCAGCAACAUGACGAUAACAUAAUCUAAUAGUAGCAGUAACUUCUAGAUGAAGUAGGACUAUGUAUAACUUAGGCUUGGGCAGGAGAAAGAUAGCCUCUCAAAUUUUUAUACGGUAACAAACCUUUCUGCGAUACAUUAAAAGUAAAAGAAUCGCAACUUCCAGGAAUGAGCAUAAACUUCAUGUUACCACAUAUAGUUAUUGAUGAACAUACAGGAAUAGUUGAUAGAUUUUUUAGAAAUAAUCAGUCUCACGUAUUAGGAAGAAUGAGAAUGGUUUUGGCUAAGACCUUAGAGGGAUUUUUAAUACCACUAAAGGUCAAAAUUAACUUUCACUAUCACACUAAAUACUAAUACUGUUUCUUUACCUAGGUUUAGAAAAGUAAAUUCUUAAAUCUUUAUCAAGAAGAAUAAUCCAAGGUUCCAGUUUAGGAUGUUAUGAUAUUUAUUACCGAUGAGAAUCUAAACAUUAGAGACUAUUCAAAAACUGUGUGCAGUAUACUUGGUUUUGAUCACUAGAAGUAUUAAUAAUUCAUAGAAAACUAAGACUCAUUUCUGAAUUUGGAUACUAUUGUAGUUGACCUCAAGAAAAAUUUUACAAAACAAUUUGGAGAAAAUAUUUUACCUGACUAGAGUUAUGUAUCUUUACUAAACAAGGUUGUUAUUUGCAGAAAGUAUAACAAGACUAAUAAUUAAUUUGACGAUUAUCCAAGCAUUUAGUGUAUCCUUUAAUACGUUCCUUAGAAAAUUCCAACAGCCACUGGUUUCGAUAGACUCAACGUAUUUAUGAUGUUCCCAUUAAGCAGGCAUCCUGACUAUGAUAAUUACUUGCUUUCUUCAAAUCAUACUGCAACCUAAAUAUACUCUACAAAUAUGAAGUUUUACAGCCACAUGAAGCAAUCAAUAAUUCUUUCUGGGCUUGAAGAUCCCUAUUAAGCAAUGCAAGAUUCUAUGUCAGAUAAAUUCUAGGAAGCAGAAAGCUUUAUAUAAUCACAAAGUACUACAUCUUCAGGGUCAAACUCAAGCUAAGAGUAGUAUAACCAUUCAAGACGAUCUUUCUAUACUAGCAACUUAAAAGAAAACUUACAUGAAGUUUAGACUAGAGCUGAGAAGUUCAACUAGUUCAUAAUGAGCAACCAAGAUUUUUACACUUUUGAUUUGGAAUUUAAAGAACUACUAUUUAUUACUGAUCUAGGUGUACUCUAUAACCAAAGUGUCUCCUUUAAGCAUGCUAUUAAUUUAUUUGUGUCCUAUGGAGAUAGCCUCAACAUUUCUAGUAUUUUUUAUGAUAAAGGACCAUUGAAUGUAAGUAGUUAUGCAAAAAAGAAGAAAGACACUCUGACUCCUAAUUAAUAAGGAUUGAAGUACCCACUAACAGAAAAUAUGCAAAGCCUUUAUUUUCUUUUUGAGAAUGGACUUUACAAGAUGGCAUAUUUAGGUUAAUAGCAAAAUUUUAUGCUUUUAGAAGUUAGUGAAAAAUAGACAGAUGAGGGAAUUUUUAUGCUAAACAUUUCAACUUACGUGUCUGCAGCAAUCAUCACUCUUAUCGGAAUCAUUAUAUUCCCCCUACUCUCAAGAGUUAUUAAAAGGCAAUAUGUCAUAAUAAAAUUUUUUAACUACCUUGAAAUUGAAAAGAUUGAUUAGUUAUUGGCUAAAGCAUACGCUUUCCAAAAAAGACUCUAUAAAGAAAACUAUAUGGACAAAAAAAGCAAAAAUAAUGAGGAGACACAUAAAGAAUUAAAGGAAUUACUAGUAGAAGACAUUGAUCCAAACGGUUAAAGAUCUAGUGUCCACAUAUCCUACUAGAAUUAAUUGUUAAAUCAGAAAAAGGAAAGUGUCAAGGGCUCAUUUAUUGAUAGCGCUUCAUCAUACAGAAAAGAUAAGCCUAUUUCUGGAAGAGAUAGAUUUCAAAGAGAUUAGAUUAAUAGGAAACUUUCCCUCUAAAAAAAGAAAAAAUAAGCUGAUAAUGAAUCAAAUUCUCUACAGCCAAAAAGCUAAUAGAAAGUGCAGUUUGACAGGACUGAUAAAGAUAAGGAAACUAAGAAUCUAUGGAGCAAAAUGGCGAAUUUAAAAACUGGCUUGAAUAAAUAAACAAAUUUCUAAAGUAAAAGAGAUAGCUUUUUAUAGAGGAGUCAUGAAUUAAUCCACAAUCAAAAAGGCAAAAAGGAUGGUGAAGAUUUAAAAAGUGAAAUUUCAGAUGAAAACGAAGAAAAUAAAGAUAAUAACUAUUCUAAUGGAGAAACAUCACAUAAACAUAAACACAAAGAUACUGAAAAGAUUAAAGAUAAAAAUGUUGUAAAUCAGUAGAUGGACUCAGAAGUAUAUCAUAACUACUCAGCUGUCCAGCACUUCAUAGACGAAUGCUUUAGGAAUGAAAAAGAAAUAGCUGAUUUGAGGAAAUCUUUGCCAACAUACCUGAAGGAAGCGGCAAGUGAACUUUCAAAAUUAGAAGAUAAGAGAUUAUGCUAAACAGGAUUAGCUGGUUAAUCUGAAGAAAGUAUUCAAAAUUGCGAGUAGGCAUUAGAUAAGUUGCUAUAGAAUGGCAUAGGAUACGCAAUGUACUACAUUAUUGGCUAUAUAUAGCAGAUGAAUUUAAAACACGAUUCAACUCUCUCCUAGCAAUAAGACUAUUUGAAUUAACUAAUGUAUCAAGAUAGAUUCUUAGAGAUUUCUGAUUUAAGCUUAAAUUAUCUAUCCAAAUGCUUUGAUCAUAUGCAGGUUCUGAUUUAUGAUACAGGUUUAGCAUAUUUUGACCAAGCUAAAAACAACUUUUUAUUGGCUUUUGGUUUAUAUAUCACAAUGACUGUCGUAUUUACAACAAUCAUAGGUUGCAUUGUUUUUAAAAGAGCAAAAUAAUAAGUUCUUGAUAUACAAAAUAUGCUCAUUUUACUUCCAUUAGAAGAUUUAUUACCAACUUAAAGAUAGACAAUAGAAAAAUAUCUCAAUUAGUGA